UCGGAACAAAUGAACAUUGACCAAUCGCAUCAAUACAGAAUCAAACACGUUGACUUUAAAAAAAGAAAAUAAUCCUAACUUACUAAAAGCGAAUCGUAACAUGUCCACGUUGCAACAGAUCUAACGGCCAGGAGAAGAUCUCUCGUGCUCUCUCUUCAUAUACAGAAGCCACGAUAUAUUCACUCUGUAACUGCUCCGCUCAUAUUCAAAACUGAGAGAUUUUCAGAAGAAUAUCCUUAAAGCGUUCUGCUGAUCGAUGGGCGUGGUUGAUUUGAUCACAAGGGUUGACUCAAUCUGCAAGAAGUACGAGAAGUACGAUCUCGUUAAACAGAGAGAAGAAGCUAACAUCUCGGGUGACGAUGCUUUCUCUCGUCUCUACUCCUCCUUCGAAUCUGCACUCGAAACUCUUCUCCAGAAAACGGAGGAGUUCUCGUCUGAGACGAACAGAGCGAAAGCUGUAGCGAUGAACGCGGAGAUACGAAGAACGAAAGCUCGUUUGCUCGAAGGUGUUCCGAAACUACAGAGGCUUGCUCUCAAAAGGGUUAAAGGGCUCUCACAGGAAGAGUUUGAUGCUAGAAAUGACAUGGUGUUGUCGUUGAGAGAGAAGAUUGAGUCCGUACCAGAAGGCUCUGUUCCUAUAAAUGGUUGGACUGCUUCAACAUCGUACACUAACAUCAGACUCGACACAAAUGUCUCUGAUGACAGAGUUGAUAGUGGAUAUUUCCAGCGAACUGAAGAGUCUGGUAAUUUUAAACAAGAGUACAAGAUGAGAAGAAUGAAGCAGGAUCAAGGGUUGGAUUUCAUAGCUGAAGGGUUGGAUACACUGAAGAACAUGGCUCAAGACAUCAAUGAGGAACUUGAUCGACAAGAACCACUCGUGGAUGAAAUAGAUACAAAGAUUGAUAAGGCAUCUACUGACUUGAAAAGCACCAAUGUGAAGCUCAAGGAUACGGUAACUAAGUUGAGAUCCAGCCGCAACUUCUGCAUAGACAUCAUCCUCUUAUGCAUACUCCUUGGAAUAGCUGCCUUCAUUUACAACUCGGUGAAGUGAAAGCUGGUAAUGCCGCAUCACACAAUACAUGCACACGCAUAGAAGCAUGUUCAUGCAAGUUAAGAGUCAAAUGAGCGAAGU